UGUAACGCAAACAAAACGCAAAACGGGGCGACAGAAAACAGCAGAAAUUAGCGCUUAUGCUGCCAAAGAGCUUGCUUAUCAAUUAAACCCCAAGGGGGGCACAGGUGCUAGGGCCAAGGCUGAAAAAUAGAGCUCAAAGAGAAUAGAAGAGACUGGCUGUCAGCCACAGGCAGCAACAGGCGACGUUCAAGAAGCAGCAGCAUUCGCCGGCUGCCCUGCCCCCAAAGAUAACAUCACGGGGCAACACGGAAUCGGUCGAUUCAAAUUGUUUUGUAUUAUUUAAAGGUGCUUUUCUUCUGGAGGAGUGGUUUGCUCUGUUACAUAAUUAUGCGCUUGCUGUGGCAACGGGCGGUCAGGCUGCAGAAGCUGCUGCCACAGACACGUCCACACAGACGCUUGCUGGCCACCACAACAGCUUCAGCACGAGGCAACGGACAAGAAGAAAGGGAACGCCGCAAAUGGAGUUCGCCUGGGAGCAAAGCGGAGAUGUUACUGUACGGCGCCUUCUGGGUCGGUGGCCUGGGACUGGGCUACUUCUGGCUGACUCAGCGAAAUAGUAGCACGGCGGAGGCGACGCCCGAUGAUGAGGCAGUGGCGCGACUGUGGCACAUCACGCCUAGAAAGGAUCUGCCCACCUACAAAGCCGAUCAGGUGGAACAGCACAAUGCGCCCGAUAAACGCAUUUGGGUCACCUAUGGCCUGGGCGUCUACGAUGUGACGGAAUUCGCCGAGAAUCAUCCCGGAGGGGACAAGAUCAUGAUGGCCGCGGGCAGCGCCAUCGAUCCCUUCUGGGCCAUCUACCAGCAGCACAACACCCUGGAGGUACUGGAGCUACUCGAAUCCUUCCGCAUCGGGAAUCUUGAAGGUCUGAUUGUGCCCAAUGCGGAGGAGGAGCUGGGCUCGCCCUGGGCCCAAGAGCCCGUACGUCAUGCCCUGCUGAAGCCCGCCUCCAAGCGACCGUUUAAUGCGGAGCCGCCCAUUGGGCUGCUAGCCGAAAAGUUCUACACCCCCAACGAGCUGUUUUACGUGAGGAAUCACCUGCCAGUGCCCGUCGUAGCGUCCGAGGAGUACGAACUGGAGAUCGAUGCGUGUGGGGGCGAGCAGAAGCCGCUCACACUGACGCUGGCCCAGAUCAAGGCCCUGCCCAGGCACACGGUGACGGCGGCCAUCAUGUGCGGGGGCAAUCGACGUUCAGAGAUGACCAGCAUCAAGGCUGUCAAGGGUCUUUCGUGGGGCGCUGGAGCUGUGGGCAAUGCCAAGUGGUCGGGAGCGCGUCUGUGCGAUGUGCUGCGGGAGCAGGGAGUGCAGCCCAACGAAUCCAUGCACGUGUUAUUCGAGGGGGCCGAUCUGGAUCCCACAUCCCAUCCCUACGGCGCCUCCAUACCCCUCUCAAAGGCCCUGGAUCCACGCGGCGAUGUCCUCUUGGCCUACGAGAUGAACGAUGAACCGCUGACGCGAGAUCAUGGCUAUCCCAUACGCGUCAUUGUGCCCGGCACUGUGGGUGCUCGAAAUGUCAAAUGGCUGACUAGAAUCGCGGUGGCGGACCACGAGUCAGACUCCCACUGGCAGCAGAACGACUACAAGGGCUUCAGUCCCAGCACGGACUGGGACACGGUGGACUUUGGCAAGGCCGAGGCCAUUCAAGCCAUGCCGGUGACCUCGGCCAUUUGCACGCCCCUCCCUGGGGAGCGUGUCAAAGUGGAUCCACAGGGCAGAUACAUCACAGUGCGUGGCUAUGCCUGGAGCGGUGGAGGCCGCAAAAUACUCCGCGUGGAUCUGACUGGCGACGAGGGCAAAACAUGGCAUGUGGCCGAACUGGAGCAAGAGGAUGCGCCCGACGGUCGGCAUUAUGGCUGGUCCCUGUGGACCGCCCGUCUGCCCAUACCCGAGGAGCAGCAGCAGCAACAGCAGCUGGAGAUCUGGGCCAAGGCCGUUGACUCUGCCUACAAUGUGCAGCCGGAGAAGUUUGAGCAUAUCUGGAAUCUGCGCGGAGUCCUGGCCAAUGCCUAUCAUAAGGUGAAAGUGAAGCUAGCAUAGCAACAGCCGAAGAACUCGUCUGAUCAUAAUAAAUAAACGUCAUAAUAUCUAA